AUGCCUCGCUACUCCGAGCUGGACAGCGAGACCGACUACUAUGCUCGCGAGUCGCGCGGCCGUCAUCACUCCCGCGGACCUGCGGUACUCGAGCGCCCAACCCGCAAGGAUGAGUUCCGCUGGGACUCUCGCCUACAGGAAACCGAUCGCUAUGGGCCUCCUGCUCGCCGGCCAAGCAGACACUACGAUGAUGACCACCUCCGCCACGGAGGCGCACUGGUCCGCCAUGAGCGCCGUCACGCCGAGAGCCCCCCUCCACGACCUAGGAUGCUCAGACGACAGUCUUCUUUGGAUACAUAUGAUCGCAUUCCCUUGCGCAAGAUAGACGAGUACUACCGUGGCUAUUUACCCAAGGGUGCGCCUAGCCCACCGCCGCUGCGCCGACGAGCUCAUCGCGACGAGAUCGAGACCAUCCAGGUCCCAGCGCGGGAGACGCGGUACAAAGAGACGGUUGAAGAGAUUAGACCCUAUCCGCGCAAGGGAAAGACUCGCAUGCCGGAUUAUCUCGUCAGUACUAAGGCAAUUCGUGAAUUUGGUUAUCCCUAUGAGAGAGAGGGUGAUCUGGUCAUCAUCCAGCUCGCUUUGUCGAAGGAACAAAUUGACGCUAUCAUUGAAAGAAGUCGCGAGUUGAAGCGUCAACCGGAAGUCAUUCCUAUAAGAGCACGAUCCCAUGUCCGGGCGACAUCCAGACGCAGAAAGGUAGAGACAGUCACCAUGGGGCCCAGGGCAAGCGAGACUCUGAUUAUCGAGCCAUCGCCUGAGCGAUACGUGUCGCCGUCCCGCCCCUACGACUACUCGACGACUACAACGAAGAGGAUUGUCUCACGCUCGCGAUCAAUCUCGGUCAAGCCACGUCGCCGCCGCUAUUCGUCACCACCCCCGCGCAUGGUAAUGGAGCGUCGCUCCGGCCACAUCGAGAACCCAGGAGCGAUCAUGAUUGUGAGCCCGCGGGAUAGCGAUAGCGAUCUUAAUGAUUGGGAGAUCGACAAUUACAGACCACCUUUUGACCCGACCACUGCGCUUUACGGUGAUGUGGAUGGCGAUGAAGAGGAAGUGCUGGAAGUUAAGCAGAAACGCAGAGGUCCGCCCGCUCGAACCCUGCGUCGCAUGCUUGCGACGAUGACUUAA